AUGGAGCUAAACGAAGAAGUGGAACGCUUGCUCAAUGAUCUAGACAACAUUCCGAGGGAUUCGGAAGUACCCCUCAAUAUCAAGAAUCUUGUGGUCCCGCUCUUUCGGCAGGUGUCCGAGCGCGCUAAUAUCGAAGAAGAGCAUGUUGCCUCUUUACUGGUUAAUCGAAAAUGGACUGAAAGUCGAAAACAUCUUUCCCGUUAUCGAUAUUUCUUGCGUGUACUGGAACGGUUCCAUGAGAAUGAGAUGGCAUGGAAACUUUUGGAGAAGGCUCCAUCUGUGUGA